CACACUGACCGAGCAGUCUUCUGUCCCAUACCUUACCCCGCACUGACCGAGCAGUCCUCCAUCCUCAUACCUUACACUGCACUGACCGAGCAGUCUUUUGUCCCAUACCUUACCCCGCACUGACCGAGCAGUCUUUUGUCCCAUACCUUACCCCGCACUGACCGAGCAGUGUCCCAUACCUUACCCCGCACUGACCCAGCAGUCUUCUGUCCCAUACCUUACCUCACACUGACCGAGCAGUCUUCUGUCCCAUACCUUACCCCGCACUGACCGAGCAGUCCUCCAUCCUCAUACCUUACACUGCACUGACCGAGCAGUCUUCUGUCCCAUACCUUACCCCGCACUGACCGAGCAGUCUUUUGUCCCAUACCUUACCCCGCACUGACCGAGCAGUCUUCUGUCCCAUACCUUACGCCACACUGACCAAACAGUCCUCUAUCUUGGCUGUACAGACCCGGCAGUCCUCCAUCUUCAUACCUUACACUGCAUGAACCAGACACCCCUCUGUCUUCAAACCAUAAAACACAGACGGAAGUGUCCUCUUGUCAUACGUUACACUGCACAGACUGAACAGUGAUGCACAGCUGCCCCUUCUUUACCUCAUGCACAGAGCUAAAGCUUCUUCCUGCGGAUAUUGGUUUUGAUUCGCUCCUAAAGCCGCUCAUGUUACACAUAUCUCUCCACCUUGUUAUUCCCAACACCUUCUUAUAAUGACGCACUAAUAACAGACUCUCCAUUCUCAUACUCCGCCCAUGUACAAAGCACGCAAGGCAAGCAGGGGAUGGGCCUGGACACUGGAAUGUGGUUUCAUUCCAGGCAUUGAGUCACAACGAGAGUCCCACACCUUGCAGAGGUAUGUCAUACCUGACCCACUGAGUCACCGUCUGUGGUGAGCACAGCCUCUAAUACGGCAGUGCAGAGCUCCCCAGCGCAGCAUAGAUCCACCACAUCUGCCAGUGAAGACGUCUGCAGGAUGAGAGAACAUGACUGAGGCACAGCAGCCACAGGUAACGGCAAUCUCUCAUGACCAGAAGCUUUUGAAUGGAGAAGCACAGCAGGAACUCCAGGUACUGGUCAGUGAUCCAUCACAGCCCUCGAAACCUCCAGACCGCCAGCAGAAAAGAAGAAACCCUUACAGGUAUUUCCUGUCCUGCAGCCAGAGAAGACUGGCCAUAAUAAGCAUUGUGUGCGGGGUCUCCUGCAUCGGGAUCAAAGCCUUAAUCCUGGCUCUGCAGGCAGAGCAGGAAUGUGACCAGCAGAUGAAGGCCACCCUCUCCCGCCGCUCCCGGAGAUUCUCUGUCCUGAGUAUCCUGCUAUUUGUGGGCGCUCUUGUGUCUCUGCCCUUCCUUCUGGUUCUCAUCUCUUACCUGAUGACACUGAUUGAAUGACGUCAGCGGUCUCCAUGUAAUGUGAAGGGCAAGAAGAUUUCCCCCAAAGACUGAACCCCAAACUCUGUCUAAAGUUCCUGUAUAUAGAGUGUUUUAUACUUGUGUAUAUGAUGUGUAUUUAAUAAAACCUGAGCAGA